GAGGCAGUACUAGCCGUGAACCCAAACACUCCGCAGGGUUUUAGCUUCACUCCUUCAGAAAGCCAAAACCAAAACCUCUUAAACACAAUUUCUUUUCAAUAGAAAAAUUACUUUAUUUACUGAUUCGGAUAUCGACGAUGGCGUCAUUCUCCGCCGCCAGAUCCAUUUUCCGAUCCAGCUCGGUUCGCAAUGCCGCAGCAAAGUUAGGUUUCCAAGCCAAAACCAAAGCGACUCGCUCCCACUUUGGCGUCUCCGCUAAGAAACCCCUAUCUCUUGGAACUCUCAGGAGCCCCGUUCAAACGAGCUUUUGUGUGGAAUCAUUGCUGCCGUAUCAUACUGUCACUGCUUCGGCUUUGAUGACGUCAAUGCUUUCCAUCUCUCGCCGCAGUUACGGCUCGCUUCCUGACGGACUGUAAUAUCCUCUACUCAUUCGCAAUUGCAACCAGGAGAGGCUCCAAGUUGAACCUUAUCGCCAAAUUGAGUGUAUUAGAUGUUUUGACUGCUUUGCUUAUAUUCCUGCCAAAAUUUGGAUCAGGUUUAGUUGUAACCAGUUAGCUGAAUCUUGAAGCUUACAGGUGUAUCCCCACCUUAUUUGUUUAACCAAAAGAACAAGGUUUUCGCACUUUUGUAUUUCCUCAGCAACACAUAAUAUAGCAGCCGUCUUUUAUUUGCGGUUUACUUCUUGGCCCAGCUUAGGAGUUAGGUUUGUGCCUUUGCUUAUGGAAGCAAUUAAGUAUCAAUUUACUGAUAAUCCUAUAUCAGUAGAGAGCUAGCAAUUUCGAGCAAGACUAUAUUCCCUAGCCCAUGUUUGGGUGCAAUCUUUUGUUUUGUUGACUAUCACGAAUUCAUUUUAACCAUAGUUGAGUACCGCAAAAGACACGCUCAAUGCUGAUGGAAACAAGUCUAUAAAAGCUUCCAAAGCUGUCUCUGAUUAUACGAAAUGCAAGUAAAAAACAUCCAAAUAUUCUUAUUGCCAACUAGGACGUCAUUGAUUUCUGAUCAGACCUUUAACAAGGGGUGUUCAAAUUACCCGCAAU